AUGACUCAAAUGAGUAUUCAGCCUACUGUGGUUACAUUUACUAAUCUUAUAUCUGGACUUUGUAGAAUCGGUAAAGUGGGUCCUGCUCUUCAGCUAAAAAACAAGAUGCUGAAAUGGAAUUGCAGACCUGAUGUUGUUUCGUACUCUGUGAUUAUAGAUACUCUUUGUAAAGGAGGUCUAGUUGAUCAAGCUUUGGUUCUCUUCUCUGAAAUGCUUAGAGAUUCAAAUGUUGUGCCCCAUGUAAUCGUUUACAGUUCUUUGAUAAAUGGACUUUGCAAUUCCGGCCGGUUGAAUGAAGCAAAAAGAGCCUUUGAUGAGAUGGUUAGUAGAGGAAUCUCUGCCGAUGUAACUACAUAUAGUUGUAUGAUUGAUGGUCUUUGCCGGCAUGGUCAAUGGGAUGAAGCAAGAAGAUAUUUUUAUAAAAUGAUGGUUCGAGGGAUUUCACCCAAUACAGUUACUUUUAAUAUAUUAACAGAUUCACAUUGUAAAGAUGGGAUGAUAGAAGAUGCCUGGGGGUUAUUUAAACAGAUGGACAAGUUAAAUAUAAAACCUAAUCAGAUUACUUAUAGCUCAAUGAUCAAUGGAUUGUGUUUGGCAGGCCGGUUGAAAGAUGCGGUGCAUCUGUUUGACUCGAUGGUAGAUAGGGGCCUCAAACCGAACGUUAUCAGUUGCAAUAUAUUGAUUGAUGGGGGACUAUACGGAGUUGGAAGAAUGAAAACUGCUAAGAAUUUGUUUAAGAAGAUGCAGACUUUUGGUUUGUCUCCAGAUAUUGUCACUUACCAUACAAUUUUGGAUGGGUACUGCAAGAAUGGACGCAUUGAGGAAGCAAUACAAUUAUUUGAAUCCAUGGAGGGUAUUGGUAUCUCAGCUGAUGUGGAAAUGUACAAUAUUCUUAUUCAAGGUUUGACGCAGACUGGCAAGUUGGAAGAUGCGAGAAAAUUGUUUAUUGAAAUUCCAAAAAAGGGAUUAAUGCGUAGUGUGGGUUUUCUUGCAGGAAAGGAUAUUGACAAGGCAUUGCAAUUUCUUCGCAAGAUGCGUGAAUGCGAGUUUGCACCAAGUGAUUCUGUUAUUUGUUUGUUGGUAAACACUCUGUUCGCAGAUAGUUUGAAAAGGCGCAUAUGCAUGGUUCCAGAUGCUGCAGGAAUUAGAGAUGUAGGUAAUAAGCCAUCCUCUAGUCAGAAGCUUCCAGUGUACUUCAAACUUCAUUUUCUAUGUCUUCACGAGAAACCUUAG